CUAGAAUGAACCAGAGCCAUGUCUUUAUAUGGCUCUGGAAUGAACCAUAAGGCUAUGUGCGCAUGGAGUUCGAGGACGAGGAUGGAACGUUUACCUGUUGUCGCACUAAUUAUCUGUUUCUUGUCUCUCAUAGACUGUGGACACUGCCAUGAGAGUGGAAAUGUGCCCAAACUCACUUAUGACAAGGAGAAGCAGUGUCUGUCCAAAGGAACAUCAGUGACGUUUACAUGUGACAUUGGUGACUCUUCUCCAGAUUGGCUGUUUCUCUGGUAUAGAGUGGUCUCCCUCAGACACGGCUUACCUACUCUCACACACCCUUCUGGCAGAUCUGCAUAUUCCCUGGAACUCCUGCCAGACAGUAUAGGCGCUGGAGGCUCCUACAGUCUCACCUUAACUGGCUCUGAGCAAAGAGGAGUCUAUGUAUGCAGAGCAAAGAAAGAGGAACCGCUCUAUUAUACAGGCUACAGCAACCACGCGUAUCUUUGGUUCAAUGAUCCUGAAUCUUCAGGCCGUCUGAGCAUCAAUCCCAACAGCACCAGUUUCAUUGAGUCUGAGUCUCUGUCUCUUAGCUGUGGGGGAAAUGGAACUGGUUGGAUUCUCCAUCGGAUCACGGAUCACAUGGAGAUCUCCCAGUGUCCUUUCAGCAGAGGAGCAUCAUCCUGGGAGAACAGCACAUGCCACAUCGGUGCUCUGUCUCAGUAUGACAGUGGAGCGUACUGGUGCCAGUCUGAGUCUGGAGAAUUCAGUUAUGGUGCCUACAUAAAGGUUCAUGGACAUGGAAUUGGGCCCAAACUUGUCAAGGACACAGGGAAUCAGUCUCUCCUCAAAGGAUCUUCUGUGACCCUUAAAUGUGACAUUGGUGACCCCUCCCCACAGUGGCAGUUCCUCUGGUACAGAGUUGUUCCUUUCAGAGAGGACUUACCUGCUGACUCACACUGGGCUGGAAGAUCUGCAUAUUCCCUGGAGCUCCUGUCAGACAGCAGCAGAGGAGCCGGAGGCUCCUACACUCUCAACUUAACUGGCUCUGAGCAAAGAGGAGUCUAUGUAUGCAGAGCAAAGAAAGAAGAGCCGGUCUAUUAUACAGGCUACAGCAACCACGUCUUUCUUUGGUUCAGUGAUCCUGAUUCUCCAAGCCAUCUGAGCAUCAAUUCCAACAGGACAGAUUAUUUUGUGUCAGAAUCUCUGUCUCUUAGCUGUGGGGGAAAUGGAACUGGUUGGACUCUCCAUCGGAUCACGGAUCACGUUGAGAUCUCCCAGUGUCCUUUCAGUAGAGGAGCAUCGUCCUGGGAGAACAGCACAUGCCACAUCGGUGCUCUGUCUCAGUAUGACAGUGGAGCGUACUGGUGCCAGUCUGAGUCUGGAGAAUUCAGUGAUGUUGUCUUUAUAAGGGUUCAUAAUGUUAGGGUAUAUAUAAGAAGUGAAUCUGGCACCUGGAAGAAUGGUGGAAAACAGUUUGAAAAAGGAGACUCUGUUAAGUUGCGCUGUAUGGUUGAUGGGUCUUCAGCAGACUGGAGGUUCCUCUGGUACAGGGUUGUUUUGUUCAGAGAUGAGCUUUCAGAGAUGCCACGCUGGAACGGUGAUACAAGAUUCUCUCUGGAGCUCGUCUCAGACGGGAGGAAAGAAGCUAACAGCUACUACAUCCUCAACGCUGCUGCCCCCCAACAUUCAGGUCUCUAUGUGUGCCGAGCAGAGAGAGGAGAGCCUGCCUCCUACACGUACAGCGCCCCAAUGCUGAUUUGGGUAAAAGAUCCUUCUCCUCCAUGGGUCCUAAACCUCAGUCCCAACAGGACAUGGUUCUAUGAAAAUGAGUCUGUGUCAUUCAACUGUGAGGGGCCAGAAAAUGCAAGUGGUUGGAUCUUGAGAAAAUACAGGAAUGAAGUUUCAACGGAGAUUGAGACUCCGGGAAAGGCUGCAUUUAACAUCAAAUCCCUCAAUAUCUCUCAUAGUGGAAACUACUGGUGUCAGUCUGAAUCAGGAGAGUUUAGUAAUAUUGUUAAAAUGGGAAUACAGAAGAGACCAGAUCCAUAUAUACACGUCUCUCAAGAGGGUUGGCUGACAGCAGGAGAUUCCGUGUCCUUGCGCUGCAAUCUAGACAAGUCUUCAACCUCUGACACAAAGUUGAGAAUCCUCUGGUACAAAAUUGUUCCUUACAGAGAGGAGCUGCCCACUUUUACAGACAAACAGGGCAGCUCUACAUAUUCUGUGGAGCUCCUCCCAGACAGCAGUGGAGAUGGAGACUCCUACACCCUCAACUCAGUUGGCCCUGAACACUCAGGGGUCUAUGUGUGCAGAGGAGAGAGAGAACAAUCUGAUUAUCACACAGAAUACAGUACACCUAAGCUUCUCUGGGUUAUAGAUCCUUCCCCUAAAGCUGCUCUGAUCGUAAAUUCCAACAGAACUCAGUAUUUUCAGUCUGAGUCCCUCUCACUGAGCUGUGUGGCGCAGGGCAAUGCCAGUGGCUGGAGUCUGAGGCAAUACUUAUACUAUUAUCGUCCCUCAGGAUUAUCUCUCUCAGGAUGUCCUUUUAACAACACAAUGACUUGGGAUCAGUCCACGUGUAACAUCAGCUCACUUGAUGUUUUAGACAGUGGAAUGUUCUGGUGUCAGUCUGAAUCUGGACAGUGUAGUGACGCCAUCAAAAUAACAGUGAAGCAUAAUCCUCGUCCUACGUUAGAUGUGUCUCCCACCUGGCCAGCUAAAGAAGAUACUGUGACUCUGAAGUGUGCGGUGUCAGGAUCCUCAUCUGGCUGGAGAUUCCACUUUUACAGAGUCAUUGUUCCAAUUGAAGAAGUUCUCCCCUCAGAAGAUACCGACGUCUUUUCACAUGAGCUGAAAUUAUCAGAAAACUCUACUGAGCUCCUCUCAGACAGCAGCAGAGAGGCGGGAGGAUCCUACACCUUCAGCACUGUGGGUCCUGAACACACAGGGUUCUAUGUGUGCCGAGCACAGAGACUAAAUUCAAACUCUUACACUCUUUACAGCAACCUUAGGCAUCUGUGGGUAAAAGAUCCUUCUCCUCCAGCUUCUCUGGGUAUCUAUCCAAACAGGUCACAUUUCUUUCCAUCUGAGUCUGUCUCACUGACCUGUGAGGUGAAGGGCAAUUCCAGUGGUUGGACUUUGAGACGGUUCACAAUCUACAACAAAGUUUCACACUGUGCUUUCAAACAUGGAGCAGUUACUUGGGAUCAGAGGCCAUGUCAUCUAAGAUCCUUAAAGGCUGCAGAUAGUGGACAUUACUGGUGUCAGUCUGAAUCUGGGGAGUACAGCAAUGCUGUCAAUAUAUCGGUAGAUGUUCAAAAACCAACUACAUCUCUACGUGUCCAUCCAAACCACUGGGUUAUGGAAGGAACUUCAGUGACAAUGACUUGUGUGGUUUAUCCAUCACAGUCAUCCAUAGAUUGGAAAUUCUAUUGGCACAAAGUUGUUUCCCCUGGAGAAAGCAUCACUAUUAAAUCUUACAGAUCCGAUCAGGUGAAGAAGUUCUCUGUGCAGCUCCUCACAAACAGUGAUAGUGGAUCUACAGGGUCCUACAAGCUGAGCUCAGUUGGUCCACAACAUUCUGGAAUAUAUGUGUGCCAAGGAGAAAGAGGAGGUUAUCACACUGAGUAUAGCAGGCCUCAUCUAAUGUGGGUUACAAGUCCUUCGCCGUCUAGCUGGCUAAGACUCAGUCCCAACAGAACUGAGUUCCUUCCAUCUCAGUCUCUGUCCCUGAGCUGCAAGGUGCUUGGGAACGCAGCUGAGUGGAAAGUGAGGCGGUAUGCUUCUGGAAAGCUUUCAGACUGUCCUUUUAACUCAAGAUCGGGCACUUGGGCCGAGUCCACAUGCAACAUCAGCUCUUUAGACACAUUUGACAGCGGUGUGUACUGGUGCCAGUCUACAUCUGGAGAGCGCAGUAAUGCUGUCAACAUAACAGUUCACAUACCAGAACUAUCAUAUUCAUACAUCUCAGUCAGUCCAAAUCACUGGGUGACUGAAGGCUCUCCAGUGACUUUCAGCUGUUCAGUUGGAAACCCUUCUCCAGGCAUGAGGUUUCACUGGUACAGAGCUGUUCCAGUCAGUGAAGGAUUACCUUUAGUCAGCUAUCGUGGUCGAUUCCAUGAGACUAAAUACUCCGUGGAGCUCCUGUCAGACAGCAGCAGAGGAGCUGGAGGCUCCUACAUUCUAAACUCCUCUGCUCCAGAACAUUCAGGCCUCUACGUCUGCAGAGCAGAGAUAGAAGAUCUGGAUGCUUACACUGAGUACAGCCAUUCUAAGCUCCUUACAGUAACAGGUCCCUCUCCCUCUGUCUGGCUUGAUGUCAUUCCCAGCAGAUCCCAGCAUUUUGUAUCUGAGCCUCUCACUCUGGCCUGCAAAGCACUGGAUGCUGCAGGGGUCUGGUCAGUGAGACGGUUCACUGUGUCAAAGGAGCUGUCAGACUGCCCCUUUGAUAAGAAAUCACAGAUGCUGGGUCCAUCCACAUGUAACAUCAGCUCUUUAACUCUGUCAGCCAGUGGGGUGUACUGGUGCCAGUCUGAAUCUGGGGAACGCAGUAAUGCUGUCAACAUAACCGUGCACAGUGGAAAUGUGAUACUGGAAAGUCCAGUGCAUCCCGUGAAAGAAGGAGAGCAAUUAACUCUCAGCUGUUCGGGCCGAAAAAGUGUCAAAUCAAACCUCAGUGCCACAUUCUAUAAGGAUGGAUUACAUGUGGCGAACCAAACCUCUGGAACAAUCACCGUACCGAACAUCUCUAAGAAAGACGAGGGGUCCUAUGUUUGUGAGAUUGAAGAAGAAAGGAAAAGAAGGUCAUCCGGAAGCUGGGUCUCAGUCAGAGCUGCACGUGAUGAACGCAGAGGACCCCGUAAAACGCUGAAAACAAUGUACCAAAAAUCUAAAGACAUACUGUAAUGUUCUGAAUUGGUACUAGGUAAUGGUUCAGAUAUGAACUUUUGUAAAAUAUUACUCAAGUACUAAUGAAAAGUAUAUAUUGUGUGUGUAUGGGGGCUAUAUAGUGUGUGUGAUAAUUUCACAAGAAAAAAAAAACUCUUAAGCAAGGUCAUUGCACAAAAAUGUUCUGUUCCACAGCACCCCUACAUGUAUGAUGUCUAUUGGCACCAAGGCUGGGGAAUUUCCACUUUCUCUUUUCAUAGUUGACCUCAAUUUUUCAGAAACAAGAUACCAAAGCAAGUUCCCAUACGUCUGUCUUUUCUCUUGACACUUUAUGUUCAUGCUGUUAUUAUAUAGUUAUUGUUGUUAUUAUAUGGUUUAUGGUUCAUGUAUUAACUUCUUGUUGAAGUAAUUUACGGUGAUUACCUUAUGAAACGGUCAACAUAAAAAUGUAAAACUGUCAUCAAAGCAGAAGGUGGCUACUUCUAGCAUAAGAAACAUUUAGAUUUGUUUCAUUUUUGCCUCCCUACAAUAAAUAAAAGCACUCAGAGAACGUAGACCUCUGUCUGUAUUGUUCUCCCUUGUCAUACAUUUGAACCUAAACUAUUCAGAUCGUCACCACAUGGCCAUACCAUGCCAUUAAAACAUAACCGCCUUCUGAAUCCAGAUGGUGAUACAGAUCACUCCCAAAAUAGUUUCUUCCUUGGGUCAUUUCAGACCUUUCCUGAAAACUUCAUCGAAAUCCAUCCAUUACGUUUUUGUUAUCUUGCUAACAAACA